AUGGCCUUCGACGCCGUUGUGGCCACCUUCGAGGCUGGCUUGCUUUCCUUGCUGAACCACUACUUCCUGCUCGCCGGCCGCAUCGCCACCAACCCGAGCUCCGGCCUCCCCGAGGUUCACUGCAGCAACCAAGGCGCGGAGCUCGUGGUCGGGGAAACCGGUGGCGUGGCGCUGGCGAGCCUGAACUACGCCGAGAUGAGCGCGUCCUUGAGGAGGAUCAGCUGCCGUACGGCGAGGACGUGGAGCUGUCUGUUCAGGGGCGUGGACGACGUUGCGCGGGCGCCGCUGUCGGAUGUGGCUGCUGCCAUGGUGAGCGAGACGAUCACAGCGCCGGCGUACAACGAGCACUUCCAGGAGCUGGUGGACUGGGUGGAGGAGCACAAGACCGAGCGGUACGUCGAGGCCGCGUGCAUCGGGGUGGGCAGCCCGACAAUGACCGUGACCUCGUUCGCCACCGACGGACUUCGGCUUCGGCCCCGCCGCUAUGGCGCUGCCAACAAGCGCGUCGACGGCGAGGUUGUGCUCUGGUUUCAUGCAGAUCGCCGCAUGACCCGGGGAUGA